GUCUCUAUCUGAGAACUAGGCCAGGCCAGUGUAAACAUCUGUUGGCUCUCAGCAGCGGUUACCACCUGUUGAGAGCCAUGACAGAUGGAAAGGGAGCGUAUGUCUCCAACACUUCCAUCUUUGACCGUGCCCCGCCAGUUGUCUUCCCAAAAUAGCCUGCUCUCCCCGGCCUUAUAUGUGCAGGCCUGCAGCGUGUGCCUGCGGAGGCAUCAUGUAUCUGGGCCACACAAUACAGCUUGCUAGCGCAUUGUUUCUGCUAUCCACGAGGCCUCUCUUUCUGUCGGGACGGCUAACCAUGCAUGUCACCCAGCUUAACCACGAGUGUCUCCUCCACCUUUUCUCCUUCCUAGACAAGGAAAACCGGAAGAGUUUGUCCCUUACCUGUCACCCGCUGCGCGAGGUCUUCCUGGACCCCCGCCUCUGGACCGUGCUCCACUUCAGCUCCCCUUGUCAGCUGACCCGGGACAACUUCGUGCUGGGACCCUCGUUACGGUACCUGACGGUCUGCUGGUUCUCGAGCAGGGUCCUGCAGGUUUGCAACAUCGAGGACUGGCUGAAGAGCUCGUUUCAGAAGGACAUCUGCAGCAAGCACGAGAGCCUGGUCUCCACUUUCCUGGCCCAUGUCUGCCACAUGUGUCCCAACCUGCUCUGGCUGUCCCUGUCUGGCUGUGGACACAUCAGCGACCAGGAUGUGAUCUCUGUGCUGCAGAGCUGCAGGAAACUGCGCUGCCUUCUCCUGGAGAACUGUGUCCGCAUCACCGACUGCAGCCUGCAGGGUGUGGCAACACACGGAGAAAGUCUGGUGGAGGUAAAGGUGGACUUCUGCAGGAACGUCACUCAGGCAGGGCUGCAGGCUGUCAAAGAGAAGAGGCCGUGCAUCCAGCUGAGCGCAGAGAGGAGCGCUGAUAUGAUCCCCGACAGCAAGCCUGAGGAGAGGCUGCCACUCAGGAGGACUCUGCAGAAAGUCCUGCAGUUCAUCUGAUAGAAGAGCUGGACCACAAGGAUGGGCAUUUAUUUCAAUGUUUAAUUUAUUUAAAGACUUGACUGUGAAGUAUUUUUGCUCAAAUUGGUGUCUAUUUAUUAGAUGUGUUUUGCACCUAUUUUUUAUAUACUUUUAUACAAUACACAUUGAAUAUGAGUCUUCCUUAAAAAUAAAUGUGCCUUUUUAAGCUGUGUCUGUUCCAUGUUAUCCUAACCAGGGAUAAUUCCAUUCAAUCUCAAAAUUAAAUUUUAGGCUGUGCCUUAAUCCAGAUACUUCAGUAAGUACACUGUGUAUACUAUGUAGCCUACUUACUUGCAUAGUGUGUGCAGUUCAUUAGGGUAUUACAGCGAAGUGAGACACAGCAUUAGGGUAUUCACAGGUUGCCUUAUCAGUAAUUCACCAGCAACAAACAUUGAAAUGCAGCAUUGAUAUGAUUCCAUUCUUAAAGAGUUUGUCACUUGUGCAAAAAUGCUUCUUUGUCAAAGGUUAGUGAGACGAUCAAUACAACUACUGUGGGGGAAACUUCUGUGUAGCAAUGCAGUGGGAGUCACCGACUCAGGAAGGAGACACGGGAUAGAGCU